AUGCUGCCGACGACCGCGUCCAUGGGGCGCGGGGCCGCCCGCUCCCCCCCGCCGCUCUUCGGCCCCUACCUCCGCCGCAUCGUCAAGGUCGAAACAAAGAACCAGUGGGCUCGGGAUGAUCCUGCAUUUGUUGUUAUUCUGAUUCUUUUCCUCGUGUUUGCAACAUCAGCUUACUGUGCAGCGUAUGGAGAGAGUGCCUCACAUGCUGCUCUAACAAUCACUUCGGUUGUGUUUCUCCAUUUCUUGUUUGCUGGGAUAGUUUUGGCCACACUUUGCUGGUUUCUUACAAAUUCUUACUUGAGAGAGGAACCUAACAGCCAUGUUGUUGAGCAACGUGUGGAGUGGCUCUAUACAUUUGAUGUUCACUGUAACUCGUUCUUUCCUGCGUUUGUCAUCCUAUAUGUGCUGCAGUAUUUUCUGUCGCCUCUAUUGCUCGCACAUGGCUUCUUUCCAGCUUUGUUAUCUAAUCUACUCUUCGUGGUGGCAAUUUCUUAUUAUCACUACCUGAACUUUCUAGGAUAUGAUGUUCUUCCAUUUCUGGAUAGAACAACAUUCUUCCUGUACCCAAUUGGUCUCGUCAUCAUCCUGUCUCCACUUAUGAUACUAAUAGGGUUCAAUCCGACAAGAUACUUUCUAAGCUUGUACUUUGGUUGA